UGUUGUGAAGUUAUAAGAACGCGGGUACUGAGUCGUCCUUCACUUGUCAUCAGAAUACACAAAGCGCGCGCCUCCGGCUCUCAGAUCUGCGCCUCCACCAAACUCCGUCAAGGGCUUUCUCAGAUCAACAGACCCGCAAGAUGUCAGGAGAUGAAGCUGAGGUUCCCGUUGCUCCUGAGCCUGUUGUUGCUGCUCCAGCACUAGGUGAGCCCAUGGACCUCUUGACGGCUUUGCAACUUGUGCUUAGGAAGUCAUUGGCUCAUGGUGGGCUUACACGGGGUCUGCAUGAAGCUGCCAAGGUCAUUGAGAAGCAUGCUGCACAGCUGUGCGUUUUGGCUGAAGACUGUGACCAGGCUGAUUAUGUUAAGUUGGUUAAGUCACUGUGCGCAGAGCAUAAUGUAAACUUAAUGACAAUUCCUAGUGCCAAAACUCUUGGAGAAUGGUCUGGGCUUUGCAAGAUUGAUUCUGAAGGGAAGGCAAGAAAGGUUGUUGGUUGCUCUUGCGUUGUUGUCAAGGAUUUUGGUGAAGAUACAGAAGGCCUUCAUGUUGUUCAGGAGUACGUGAAGUCUCAUUAAACCUGGAAGAGGUUGGAAAUUGAGGCCCUUUUAACUAGGGGGUGGUGUUCUCUUUAGAUAGUUAUGGAGCUUCCUUAGUAUUGUGUCUGUCCCAACUUAUAACGUGUUUUCUUCAGAUUAUCAAACCAUCAUAUUUUGGAGCAUGCUAUCGUCUGUGUUUAACAUAUCCUUCAAUGGAGUGAUAAUUUUUUUGUUAUGGAUUGAUUAGUGUUA